CCUCGUCGCCUCGUCGGACAGUGCAAUUGCACGGGCGAGAGAUAGUGGUGGUCUGUUGUUUCUCAGAGCUGGGAGGGUGAGACCGUGAGAGCAUCUAUGGAAACCAACGCCGCCGGCGCCGGCCGACGAGGGGGAGGAGGCAGGAGUGGCACAGUGAAGCAGCUGAACGUGGGCGGCAAACUCUUCUCCAUGGAGGCAAGUUCCCUCUCCCUCUCCCUCUCUCUCGAUCCCUCCCCAACCCCAACCUUCGUGGACCGCGACCCCGCCCUCCUGUCCGCGAUCCUCUCCGCCAUCCGCGCCCCAUCCUCCCCGCCGGCCUUCCCAGUCCGUAUCCUCCUUGACGAGGCCCUCUUCUACGGCCUCCAUGCCCAGCUCCUCGCCGCGCUCUCCCCUCCGCCCCUCCUCGGCUUCUCCGCCUCCCUCUCCUCCACCCUGUCCCCCGCCUCCGAGCCUUUCCCCACCGCCCUCGCGGCGCACCACGACGGCUCCCUAUGCCUCGCCCACGGCGCCGGCCAGCUCACUUACUACUCCCCUGCGCUGGACCACCUCACCACUUUCCGAACCCACCUCCACCACACCACCUCCCUCCGGCAACUGCAUCCCAAUCUCGCCCUUGUCGGGUCCGUCUCCUCCCCCGGACUCCAUGUGUACGACUUCCUCGAAGGUAGGCGCGUCGCCUCCGUCGAAUGGUCAGACCCAACCGACCUUCGCACCCUCAAAGCGAAUGUCAUUGCCAUUGCCGCCCGUCCUCCUGCUGAUGCUACUGACAGGAAUUCACCGAUUUUCGCUACAUUCGAGUGCCCGCACCGGGAGAACUGCAUCCUAGCGAUUGACCCUGUAACUCUGAAGCCCAUACAGGAGAUUGGCCGGCAAAGUGGGACUGCGGCUAAGUCAUCUUCGCCGGGUCGAGUAGCACACCUGCAGGAGCUUGGGCUGGUGUUUGUUUCAUCUGUAAGCUCGGGUGCAUUUGGCUACUCUGGGUACAUGAGGCUGUGGGACAUUCGGUCUGGGAAUGUGGUGUGGGAGACAAGCGAGCCAGGGGGAUCUGGAAGAAGCAACAGGUUUGGAGAUCCAUUCGCGGAUGCAGAUGUCAAUGUGAAGCAGUUGAUGCUUUACAAGGUGUGCUCAAAGUCAGGAGAUAUUGGAGUUGCAGACCUGAGAUGCCUUGGUAAUGACCCUUGGGUGUAUAUGUCAUCAGGACCAAGAGGGAGUGGAGGGGGUCAUGGCAGUAUUCUGCAUUGCUACAAGUCCCAGGUGUUUGUCAGCCGGAACGACGGAUUAGAGGUUUGGUGCCGACUGAAAGAACAACGCAAUGGCACAUGCAACUUGGCAGAUCAACAAAGAGCAAAGGAAAUACUCGACAGAGAAGGAAUUAAUGAAAAUAGUUUUAGGAGCUGCUAUGUGGAUACUGAAGAGGAUUCUAAGCGUGGGAUGAUAGCUAUGAUGGAAGGGGGUGGAGACCGUUUGUUUGUGACCAGAGAAGAAAUGUCAGUUGUGGAAGUGUGGGAAAGCUCCCGUUUAGCUGGUGCUAUCACUUUGUCAUAGCAUUCCCCCCAGCAUACAAGACUGACCACUCAGAAGGGUCUAUCGAAAGAAUUGAGUGUGUAUUUUCUAUUACAGAAUCAUGUUCAUACUCCUCUGCUCAGUUUAGGCAUAAAUUCAGUUCUGGGAACAUGGCUCUUCCUCUGUCAUCUCACUUCCAAGAUUUGUUGUGGGAACAUUUCAUUUCUUGCAUCUACUGAUACGUUCAAUGCCAGCAAAUGCCUUACACUUGAAGUAACCUUCUUUGGUGUAAGCA